CGGGUAUUCUAGUCUUAACAGUCGUUUGACUAUUCACUAUGGCUACUGUGAAGAAACUACUGACUCGUCGCCUUGGCGCGAACGGACCGAACGUAAGUGCCAUCGGACUUGGCACUAUGGGCAUUGGUGCGUUCUACGGCAAGACCGAUGAAGCAGCUGCGUAUAAAGCCCUUACGUAUUCUGCGGAUCGUGGCAUGACGUUCUGGGAUUGUGCGGACGUCUAUGGCACUACUGAGCUCACUCUCGCAAAGUGGUUUGCUGAGACAGGCCGUCGAUCUGAAAUAUUCCUUGCUACGAAGUUCGGUGCGCGUGACCCCGAGGGCAAAUUUGGUGAUGGAAAGCCCGUUUCAACCCCUUCUUACAUCAAAUAUGCUCUUCAGCGUUCACUACAGCGCCUUGGGACGGAUUAUAUCGACCUGUACUACCAGCAUCGUGUUGAUCCAAAUGUGCCGAUUGAGGUCGUUCUUGAGGCACUCCGUGAACCUGUUGAGAAAGGAGUUAUUCGAUGGAUUGGUUUGAGCGAAUGCAGUGUCGAGACGUUGCGACGUGCGAAGGCUGUUAAGGGCGUCGGAGAGAAAGUAGUCGCAGCACAGAUAGAGUUCAGUCCAUUCACUCUUGACAUUGAAAAAGACGGGUUUGCAAAGGCAGCGCAGGAACUUGGUGUCGCUAUCGUCGUCUAUAGCCCUUUGGGGCGUGGACUCAUCUCCGGCAGAUUCCGCUCACGCGCAGACUUUGAUGAUAAUGACUUCCGAUUACUUUUGCCUCGUUUCUCUGAAGAGAACUUCCCUAAGAACGUUACACUGGUUGACAAGAUCCAAGCGAUUGCGAAAAAGUACAAUGCGACGCCGAGCCAAAUUACGUUAGCCUGGAUUCUUGCGACUUCAGAAAACUAUAUCCCAAUCCCCGGGUGUCGCUCUGCUGAGCGCAUCGAAGAGAAUGCACGCGGCGCUGAGAUACAACUUUCUGCAGAAGAUGUCGGCACAAUACGCGCGCUAAGCGAGGCUGCUGACAUCCGAGGUGACCGUUACCCAUCUGCUGGCAUGGCUUCUGUUGAGGGCAAUUGCUUACCUUUGGAGGCAUGGAAAGGCGAAUAAGUAAUACAUGUUACUGGUCAAGGAGAUUACAAGAUUAGUUAUCAGUUGCAAGAACAGCACAUGCAAAUAAAGUUGGUCAAAU